AUGAAUCGUCUAAUCGAAUACGGUACUGUCGAAGCAAUCCCUUUCUACAACUGCUCUCGACAGUCAUUCGAAGAAUGGGAAGCCACCGGAGUCAAACGACAGUGGUUGGGAUAUCCGUUGAUAGUAUUCGGAACAUUCAUUGAGUUACUCUACAUCCCCAUCAUCUAUAUCAUUUUCAAGACCCGACUAAUCAAACAUGCAUGCUAUAAAAUCAUUGUGGUACUCGCUUUCAUUGAUAUGUGUGCUACUUGCUGCAGUUGUUUGAUCACCGGACCUCUGCUUAUACUCGGAUCUGUGUUCUGUAUGUAUCCGACGUUUACCUAUGUGGCUGGAAGUUUUGCGUUGGCAAUGUGGUGUAUGGCGUGUGCAACUACAGUAUCCCUCUUCGCCAAUCGGAUUCUGAGUAUUGCAUUCCAUGAAUACGCAGAUGUCAUCGAGAAACGACUCGCUUAUUUCUCAAUAGUAUUUUCCAUCUCGUAUGGAUUCUACAUGUUCAUGUUCACGCCAACAAUCUGCUACAAUUCUGUGUGGAUUUCAUGGAUUCCUGAUCCAUUGUCUGAGCUGACACCGAGUGAGAAAGCUGCUGAUAUGUACAAGAACAGACCACAAGCAUGGAAUAAUUGGGUAUUCGUAUCCUGUAUGUUCAUUCUAUUCUCCAUUUACUGCGGAAUGGUCAAGAAGAUUGCAAGGGGACAGAAGUCAAAGGCAUCCAUGGCGAUCUUCAUCCAAUGCAUCAUAAUCUGUUUCUUCAACACCGUCUCCGCCCUCAUCUACAAUGCUCUCUCGUUCGUCACUCCCGACUUUUGGAUCCUUCUUCUCGGCCAGCUGUGUUGGUCGAUCAAUCAUGGAUGUCCUGCUCUCAUAUACAUCACAAUGAAUGAGACAAUCAAGCGGGAAUUCAAGAAAUUAGUGUUCGGAAUUACAACAAAGUACAAGAACAGACCACAAGCAUGGAAUAAUUGGGUAUUCGUAUCCUGUAUGUUCAUUCUAUUCUCCAUUUACUGCGGAAUGUUCAAGAAGAUUGUAAGGGGACAGAAGUCAAAGGCAUCCAUGGCGGUUAGUUAA